GCCCGGGGAUGUAGUUGGUGAGCGGCGCUCCUGCCUGCCUUUUCACCGGUAAGGUGUUCCCGUGCAGAGUUAGGAGCGUUGUACCGAUUGAUCUCUAUGGUUUCCCUUCCUUCACACCGUGUGCCCGCCUGCGUACGUGUCUCUUGCACUCCUGAAAAUGUUACAUUUGCAGGAAAUAAUAGUAGACCGGAGGUUGGGGAAAAAGAACUGAAGUACGACAAACCUUCUGGUGUCAAAAUCAGUGCCUCUGUUGUGAUGACUGAACGCCUUCUGUGGGACUGAAAUAUGGUGCGUGUGGAAUACCAAAAUCUCAAGUUCGACAUCGUACGGAAAAUUAUUGGACUAGCAUUUAGUGAGAAAGUAACAGUGUCAGCUGUAGGAUAUCAGGAUACUAAGUCGAAUUUCAGGCAUCUUUGUCCGAAGUAGAAAAUGAAUACUGCUUUGGGGCUCAUCAGUAUAACUUGAUGACAGAUCAACUACGUAUGUAUACUCCAUAAACUAUCAUCAAAGUGAAAAAGGUAUGAUGUGAAUAUGCGGUGCCUGGCAGCUCGAGUUAACUACAAGACUCUUAUUAUCAUCUGUGCUUUGUUUACAUUGGUCACUGUACUUCUGUGGAACAAGUGCUCAAGUGAUAAGGCAAUCCAAUUUCCAAGAGACUUGGGUCAUCUGGAGGACCUGUUCAGAGGAGAAGGUUUGGAAAAGCAGGAAAUUGACUCUGAAGGUAACAAUGAAAUAAAUAGCCUUUUACAAGUGGGCAAGUCUCUCCCAAAACAACCAUCAGCAGAUGCAUCCCAUCAAGAACAGCAGAAAGCUCCACCUGUAGCCAGUCUUCUAAAUAACAAACUGUUGGGACUUAAGUAUGAGGAGAUGGAUUGUUUAAUAAAUGAUGACUAUACUAUAAAAGGACGGAAAGAAGGCAAUGAAAUUUAUCUGCCUUUCACCUGGAUCGAAAAAUAUUUUGAGGUCUAUGGAAAAAUUGCCCAGUAUGAUGGCUAUGACAGAUUUGAGUUUUCUCAUAGCUAUUCAAAAGUAUAUACUCCACGGGGUACUUAUCGACCUGAUGGGGUAUUCAUGUCCUUUGAAGGCUACAAUGUGGAAGUCCGAGACCGUGUGAAAUGCAUCAGCGGCAUUGAAGGUGUUCCUUUGUCCACUCAGUGGGGACCUCAGGGUUAUUUCUACCCUAUUCAGAUAGCACAAUAUGGGCUAAGUCACUACAGUAAAAACCUAACUGAGAGGCCACCACAUAGUGAAGUAUACGAAAUCGCAGAGAAAAGAGACAAAGGCACAAGACAAAAUGACUGGAUUAUGCCAAAAGGAUGUACAGUCUCUACAGUCUUUGACAAAACUAGAUCUAGCAAUGUCAAGCAGUUCACCACCCCAGAAUCUUCAGAUGGCGUUUACCUGAUGUUAGGAAAUGCAAGAGAUUUCAUCAUUUCAUUCGAUAUUAAAUUCUUAACAAAUGGGAGUAUUUCUGUCGUACUGGAGACAACUGAAAAGAACCAGCUGUUUACAAUUCACUAUGUCACAAACACACAACUUAUAGCCUUCAAAGACAAAGAUAUUUACUAUGGCAUAGGCCCACGGACAAGCUGGAGUACUCUUACUCGAGAUCUGGUAACUGACCUGAAGAAAGGGGUUGGCUUGUCCAACACUAAGGCUGUAAAGCAGACUAAAAUAAUGCCCAAGAAAGUUAUAAAGCUGGUUGCCAAGGGAAAAGGCUUUAUUGACAACAUCACAAUAGCAACCACAGCACACAUGCCUGCCUUCUUUGCUGCCAGCGAUUGGUUGGUAAGAAAUCAGGAUGAAAAGGGUGGCUGGCCCAUUAUGGUGACCCGUAAACUAGGUGAGGGUUUUAAGUCUUUGGAGCCUGGCUGGUAUUCAGCUAUGGCACAAGGUCAGGCCAUGUCUACACUUGUAAGGGCCUAUUUGCUUACAAAGGAACAGGUGUACCUCAAUUCAGCCUUGCGGGCAGUGGUGCCCUAUACUCUCAAAUCAGAGGAUCACGGGGUAAAAGCUGUGUUUAUGAAUAAGUAUGAUUGGUAUGAAGAAUACCCAACUGUUCCCAGCUCUUUUGUUCUGAAUGGUUUCAUAUACUCUCUACUGGGUCUAUAUGACCUCAAAGAAACUGCAGGUGAGAAACUAGGACAAGAAGCUAAAAAACUGUAUGAACGAGGCAUGGACUCUUUGAAAGCCAUGCUUCCAUUGUAUGACACUGGCUCAGGUACAAUCUAUGAUCUCCGCCAUUUCAUGCUUGGUACAGCUCCAAACUUGGCACGUUGGGACUACCACACCACCCACAUCAACCAGCUACAACUGCUGAGCACAGUUGAUGAUGCACCUAUCUUUAAGGAAUUUUUAAAGAGGUGGAAGUCCUAUUUAAAAGGAGGGAGAGCAAAGCACAACUAGAGCUGAAAGCCAAAACAUAAUCUUAUGAAGCAUACAUUUAAUAUAUAAGGGAAGUUUCCUUAAUUUAAACAUUUUUGAGAGUACAAAUAGUACCUUUUGUAUCCCUGCCAUCUUCUUAAUGGCACAUUUUAAGAGUGUAGCAAUCAGUAACAUUACGGGGAAGAGUGAAUCAAAUUGUGGUGAAAAAUUAUCCCUGUCGAAACAUCCUUUUGUUUGUAUUUACCUUUCUGUAAGUGGAGAUGCUCACUGAUAGGAGGUGAUUUAAGCAGUCAAUUGUGCAUAUUAACUCACCCUAAGACUUACAAUCCCUUUCUGGCGCUUCACCCUUUUCAGCUGUACUUGUAUGUUUUUAUUUUUAUGUUUGUUUUUCUUCACUGGUUUUGUUUUUGACAUUUUGCAUUUGAUUAUAUCAUCAAAUCAUGUAUUUUUAUUAGAAGUAGAUGAAGUUGUAUUCCUUUUUUUUCAAAAUUAACAUCCAUUUAGAAUUUCUGUUAUGGCACCAGUCUCAACACUUGUUUUUGUUUAGAGACUCACUAUCCUUGUCUAUGUUCCCAAUCCCUGGAAUCGAACUAAUUUAUCAAUUUCUACAAUUAACAAAACAUUGACAAUUGUGAAUGACCCCUAAGGUGGUUUGUAGCAUGUUUUUGUUUUAUUUUCUGUUUCGGGUGAGCUGCUGUUAUAAACUAUUAAGUAGCAUGAACUUUGUAAAAAUGUAUCUUUUAAGUGUCUUUAAUUAGCACAGAAUAUUUUUCCAUUGUUUUAAAAAAGUCCUUCAAGGCGUAUUGCUCAUUUAGCUUUUGAUGCACAUGGCAAAGCACAACACAAAAGAUUUCAAAAGUAACUGCACAAAUAAAGUAAUAUAUGUUUCAUGGAACUUGUUAUACCAUGCAGGGGAGAGAAUUUUAUUUCCAGUUGAAUCAGUAAGUUCCGUAUGGUGGUUGGUGCCAUUUCCACCCUUUAUUUUUUGCCUCAACAUUUUGAAUCCAGUCUCUCCAUUCAUGCAGAACUUUGUCUUGAUUUGUGUAAUAUCAUCCUAGAAUUAUUUUUUUUCUCUUUAGAGAGCACAUUGUAAUAUUUGUGAUCGCCUUCAAAGCGCUAGGCUUUGUUUAUAAAGUCCUGUUUGAAUGCAAAAACAUUGCUUAUGUGAAUUGAUCAUUGGCUAUCCUAAUCUGGAGGGAAGCAAUGAGAUAAAAGAAUCACGUAUGGGAAUGUUGAUGUAAGGGGCCAACUGUGUGGAAUCUAAUCCAUUUUAAAUAUUUGUGCUCUGGAUUAAAAAUAGGAAAUGCACAUGUGGAUCUGAAACCAAAAAGAAAAAAAGCAGGUUACUGAUGCAACAUUUCUGAUUUGGCCAAUGUAUUGAUGAAUGAUACAUAAAAUAGCAAUCAACCGAACUUUACAGGUACUGAUUACCUGUUCGUAUUUUUAGUGUAUUAUGUCUAUAUUUCUGAUUUUUCUAUCUUUUUAUUUCAAAGCUUGAACUAAUUAGUUAUGAAUCAGUAAGUGACAUGGUGGGGGCAGGGGGAGGGAAGCACUUGAAUCUGUGUUACUGUAUUUUAAGAUAGUAUGUGUUUGGAAAAAAGAAAUCACCAGCCCAGAAAUGAAUUUGAAUGUCAAAAUCAUUUACAUACUGUGAAAGUAAGAAUAUUUUCGUAACUGUUUUCAUUGCCAGACCUUCUCCUGAGUUCAAAAUAUAUAUCUUUUUUUCUAGUAUUUCUGAACUGUUAUGGAUUUCUAAAUACUGUAAACCCAAAAUAGUGACCAGCGAGUGGGAGAGAGUCAUUGCAUUGUGCAUAUUUAGAAUCAGGUAAACAGUUUAACUUGAGUUUCCUUCUAAUUUUGCCAUUUGAUGGCAUAGGAAACAAAGGACUAAAUGAAGGUGAAGGAAAUUUUGCCCUUGUUUCUUUUUAAAAAUCAAAUUUUCUCUUUUUUUGUACAUGGGACCAAACCAAUGUUACUAGCAUUGAUGCAUUGAAUAAGGAGGUUACUUCAGUGUUAAUGUGCCCAUUUGAUCCAGUUACAAUUGGCUUCUUUGGAAGCUGCACCUUUCAGCUCUCCUAAUAUUCCUCCAAUUUCUUUAUAGAGCCAGAAAAAGAACAUACUUGACAGGUUUCAUUUUUGCGGUUCCUCAGUAAUUGUAAUUGAUGCAAAUCAGUUCACCAACACAGAACAAAAUUCUCAAUGAUUGAGUUUAAAAAUAAACUAGACAAUCUCCCUUCGCCUUUUUAUUGAGCUAUCCCUGCUAAGAAUUACCAGCCUCCAUACAGAAGUAUGGAAGUCAGUAGCCAAAAUGUAGUAGCUGAUUAAAAAAAUAAGAUCAGUCUGCAAUAUUUAUAGGUAUUUUGCUGAAGUACAAUAUUAUUUAAAAGGUAAAGCAUACAGAGAGCAAACAAUUUGCAAAUCAAGUUGCUGGUUAUGUUGGAUGAUAUAUUAUCUAACAGUGUAAUUUUUAUUUUCUCCACAAAACUGAUAUCUAUUUAACUAAAUGGUAUAUAUUUGAGAGAUGUUCAUUUUGGCAGUUAGAUGAGUAUAGAAAUAUUUAGCGCUUGACAUUUUGUUAUCCAAGUUUUUCCAAUGCUGUACUGUUCUCUGUAUGCAGCAUCACAUUUCUUUUCUUUUCCCACCUCAAGGUUCAUUUCCUUCUUCAUAACGAAACUGGUGAUGGUGGUGUAUUUUUUUAAAAAUGUGUUCUUCUGUUUCUUUUGUUCAUGGCUCUAAAUCAUCUUUUCUUCUGAGCUUAAGUGUGUCAAUACCAAAGCAUUAUAUAUAAAAAAACAUCCAAACUGUUCUGCACCUGAGAAGAUCUUGUUCAUAACUCUUAAUAUUACGAAUCAUUCUCUCAUUAGAUGUAUUAGAAUGCAAGAUGCAGCUGGGUAUAUGCAAACAGAAGACACAAGCACAAUAGUAGACUUUGUGCUGAUGUACCCUCACUGGACAGUGUGCAAGACUUUCACUGAAAGCUGCUAUUUUCAUUCACACUGUACUUUUUAUCAUUUUAACUUGUAUUUUUACAUGCCAAUUGAACUAUAUGUUGGAUAUGCAAUAAACUGUUUACUGAACACUGUUGCCUGUUGACAGGGCAAGGCAGUGUUAUAGAGCUGUACCAAUUUGCAUUUGUUAAGCACAAUGUGCACGCAGUUGUACAGCUUUGCCAUUUUGUACACGGCAAGAAUUCAUAAUUUUUUCAAAUAAAGUGACUAUAUACAAUUAUGUUUAUAUAAAAAUAUUGAUUGGAUCAAUCUUUGCUGUGCUAAGUAUCUUUGCUUACUGAAGUUGUACAAUAAAGCAUUUUCUUAAAAAGGGA